UUCCUAUUCCCAAGACGAGCAAUAUCUCAUCACUCUUCCUUCGUCCCGGCGACGAAAGCAGGGACUAUGGACGCCAUCCUCCACACCGCUCCACUCUCUGUCACGCGCCCACGCGCCGCCGCAUCUGCUUCCCCUCCUCCCCCGGGAUUCUUCGUCGUACUUCCCGGCCGCAAGCUCUGCCUCUCUCCUCUCUCCGCUCCGUCGUGCUCCGCCUUCGCCGCCAAACUCAGAAGGCCUUCUGUCGCCGCCUCCGGUGCCGCUUUGGCGGAGAAUUCGUCCUCUCCAAGAACCGGUGUGUACACUGUUGGAGAAUUCAUGACAAGGAAGGAGGAUCUGCAUGUGGUAAAACCCACCACAACUGUAGAUGAAGCUCUGGAGAUUCUUGUGGAGAACAGAAUCACAGGCUUUCCUGUAAUAGAUGAAGACUGGAAAUUGGUUGGGCUUGUUUCAGAUUAUGACUUGUUGGCUUUGGAUUCCAUAUCUGGCAGUGGACGAGCUGAAAUCGACAUGUUCCCCGAGGUUGAUAGCACUUGGAAAACUUUUAACAAAGUGCAAAAGCUACUUAGUAAAACCAACGGGAAGGUGGUGGGAGAUUUAAUGACACCGGCUCCAGUCGUUGUUCAGGAGACGACUAACUUAGAAGAUGCUGCUAAAGUGUUGCUCGAGACAAAAUACCGCCGCCUCCCUGUGGUGGAUUCUGAUGGUAAACUGGUCGGGAUUAUCACGAGAGGAAACGUGGUGAGAGCCGCGCUUCAGAUAAAGCGAUCUACCGAGGUGAAAUCAUGAACAUGAAACCCGACAACCGAAGAAGAGAGAGGAAGAAUACGAACAUAGGAAAUACAGCCCUUUGGCCAGAAUAUGAACUGUAAGCGAAGUUUUAUGCAGAAUCGGCUUCUCUUUGUUGAUGGGAUUAGGUUAUCAGACAGAUGCUUUAGGGCAUUUGAUUCUCAUCCCAUCAUAUUCUUCUUCCCUUUUUUUUUUAUUUAUCAGAAAAGAAAUAAAGAAAAGAAAUGCAGGUUUCCUCCGACAGGUUAUCCACCAGAAUAAGCUUUCACGUCAACCCUUGUUUGUUUUGUUGAACCAAAGUACCUGAAUCUUUCCAAAUGUCCCUCAUUUGGAUCAUAAUGUAUGGAUUAUUUAUGUUAAAAUCUUUUUUUUUUUUUU